AUGUCUAUCUCCUGCAGAUAUGCAGCUCAGUGCUGCUCCCGUCAAUUGCGCGUCUCGCCCUCGAUUCGUGUUUCCGGUGUUGCUGUUCAAAGGAUAGCAAGAAGGCACAACUCAACCGAGGCCGUCAGCCCAAAGAUCACCACCAUCGUCGACCAAAUCAGCCAGUUGACUCUCUUGGAGACGGCAGAGCUCGUCUCUAGCCUCAAGUCACGGCUGAACAUACCCGAUCUGCCUGUUGGAGGCUUCGCUGCUGCCGCUGCCCCCGCCGCCGCUCCUGCCGCUGCCGAGGAGGCAGAUGAGCCCGCACCAGCGGCCGCUGCCAAGACUGUUUUCACCCUGAAGCUCAUGUCCUUCGAUGCUGGCGCCAAGGCAAAGAUCAUCAAGGAGGUCAAGGGUCUGCUCGGCCUGAGCUUGGUCGACUCCAAGAAGUUUGUUGAGAGCGCACCCAAGGUUAUGAAGGAGUCGGUCCCCAAGGAAGACGCAGAGAAGAUCAUCGCAACCAUGAAGGAGCUUGGUGCCGUGGUGACCAUGGAAUAG